AUGGAGAAAGAAUCUCUAAAAAUAUCAGCAAGUUGUCGAUUUCGACGUCACUUCGACGACGAUAAUCAAAUACUUCCAAUUGGUAUUUUCGUUCGUUUGGAGAGUUCUUCGUCAAAUCUCAAUGGAGACUUUCUUUGGUUUCAACUAUUUAUUGAAGUUAUUUUACGAAUGAACGAUUGUGAAAAGGCUAAACAAGAACUAAUCGAUCGAUGUCUUCAACAGUAUCAAAAUGACUCAGUAGAGAAACGGAAAAUAAAAGAGUUUGCCGAAAACUACAUUUCAUCGGAAGCCAUUAAAUGGUACACGAGAGAUUGCUUUGUUUAUCGGAUGCUUAAUACAGCUUUACGGCAGCGAGAUUUGGAUACCCUCUAUGCAUUUCGCAGAUUAAUCAUCGAUAUUCAUCAACAAUUGUAUAAUGUUCACAAGCAAGCAAAACUAACAGAUCCUAUUCAACAUUAUUAUCGUGGUCAGCUGAUGUCUCGUGAGGAAUUGGAUCGAUUUCAACUUAAUGUCGGCAAUUUCAUUUCCAUGAAUAGUUUUUUGUCAACAAGCACCGAUCGACAAAUGGCACUUGCAUUUGCAGGCGAAGGAGUUGGGUUCUCUAGCAUUCUAUUUGAUUUACGAAUCGAAGGACGAUUAAAUGGAGCGAAGCCAUUCGCUGAUGUUAAGACUAUAAGUUACUAUCAGGAUGAAGAGGAAAUCCUUUUUAUGCUUGGAGCUAUCUUUCGCAUUUGUCGUAUUAAAUUCAAUGAACAAGAAAAUCUUUGGACGAUUGAACUCGAUUUAUGUAGUGAUCAUGAUAGUGAACUAACGCCGUCGUUUGAGCGUCUAAAGGAAGACAUUGACGAUGAAACAAACUUAUACGAAUUGGGUAGAGUUUUUUGGAAAAUGCAACACUUAAAUGCAUCCGAGCGAUGUUUCAAAGAACUUGUACAGCAACAACACUCGAAUCCUCAUGUAUUACCCGGUUGUUAUCUCAUGUUAGGUAACCUUGCUACCGAUAGGGGACAAUAUAAGGAGGCUGUUGACUAUCAUCGACGUUCACUCGAACUCAAGCAGAAAACACUGCCCAACGAUCACCCGCACUUACCCUAUUCUCACAAUAGUCUCGGAGAAGCUCUGCGCCAAUGUGGUGAUUUUGACGAAGCAUUAAUUCACCAUCAGAAAGCCUUGGAUCUCUGGCGACAACAGUAUCAAGGUGAUGAUCAUGAAAAUGUGGCCAUGUGUUUUCACAAUAUCGGUACCGUUUUUGCCGAACGAGAUGAGAUAAGAGAAGCACUCAAAUAUUUUCUUCAGGCCUUGCAAAUCAUGAACCGAUGUUUACCAGACAUUCAUCCAAGUAUCGCAAGAACCUUGAAAAAUAUUGGAGUUGCAUCCGGUAUCCUUGGAUUGAACGAUCAAGCUUUAGUAGCUUUCGAACAGUCAUUGGCUAUUAUACGAAAAAGUCUUCCAUCGAAUCAUCCAGAACUCGCUGAUUCGCUACGAGAUCUUGGUACUUACUAUGUGAAUAAUGGCAAUCUAUUCAAAGCGCUUAACUUCUAUCAACAAGCGAAAUCUAUUCUGAGUCAAACACUCCCAAAUACACAUCCAUUGUGCAUACAAAUCGAGCAAGAUAUUGUAGAAGUUCAAGUUGCUCUAGCAUCUGCAAACAAUGUCACUGAAAAUGACAAUUAG